AGUCUUGCCCCACCAUUUUCAAACCAGUUCCUGGAUGCACUGAAGUCUCCUUCCACACCAGGGCCCAACCCCACACCCACUUGUCCAGAGCGGCCCACUCGUACCAGAGAGUGAUGGAAGGGCCUCUUGAGGGUGGGCAUGCGUCCCCAGACUCCCAGGGCCUUGCCGCGGACGGGAGGAGGUUUGCUGUGUGCAGUUUCAGGAACACCCAGAAGGAGGAACCUGCUCACCAGAUACAGGCUAUGGACCCCAGACCUUCAAGACCAGCAGUAGGGGCAACCCAAGGCAGAGGACUACAGGGAGGAGGUUCCUUGUCCAAAGAGCCUAAAUCACGUCCAGAACAAAGGGCUGCAGAUGGGUCAGGGGACUGCCAGGGGAGCAUAUUAGGAGGCCCCCCAGUCCAGUCAGAGGAGCCAGCCUUCUCCGGAGUGGAACACCUCUUGUAUCCUAUGUCCUCUCACCUCAGCCUGACACAGGAUGAGCAUGACUAUCAAGGGGGAGGCUUGGUAGGGGACCCAGGUCCAGGCAAAGAAUUGCCCGCUGGCUUUAGCCCUUUAUCAGAGAUGUCACCAAAGCUACUGGAGGCAGACCCCAGUGGAUCCAGCCUCCCUAAGCCUGCUGACUGCCUCCUGGCCCGAGACCUCACCUGGGAGCUACUGGCCAGUGGCAUGGCUGCCCUACCAGGGACACGUGAUGCAGAAGGCCGAGCAGUGCUGCUUCUGUGUGCCCACAGCCCAGCUUGGCUUCAUCCCAAAUGCAAUAGCCAUGAACUUCUGAGUCUCUUGUUCUACCUGCGAGGCAUCCUCAGGUCCGAAGUGCAGGCCCUGGGACUGACCAUACUAGUUGAUGCCCGAAUCUGUUCCCCGAGCUCUUCUCUCCUCCGGGGCCUCAGCCAGCUACAACAAGCAGCCCCAGGAUCUGUGCAACAAGUGCUGCUAGUUGGCAAGAUGCCAGAGGAAAUGCCUACAGGGCUUCAGUUCAAUCAGCUGCCCUCUCACCAGAGCCUGCUGGCCCACAUUCCUGACGUGGGGUUGCCUACUUCACUAGGAGGAUGCCUGCCUUACAGCCACCAAGCCUGGCUGGAUUUCCAGAUGCGUCUAGAGACCCUGCAGCAGAAUUGCCAGGAGACUUGUGCCCUGCUCCAGGGGGUCAUUGACAGUAUGCGGGCCAUGCAGCAGCCAGUGGAGUCUGGAGACACUGGCCAGCUGCUACAGCAGGCACAGUCCCUCAUGCGGCAGGUGCUGGAGUCACCACAGCUGUCAUGGUUGCAAAACCAGGGAAGCCUGGAACUGGCAUGGCUGAAGCAGGGGAUGCCAGAGGUGACCCUGAGCCCCGAUCACAGGUCUGCAGUAGACAAGGCUGAUGAGCUGUAUGGUCAAGUGGAUGGACUGCUGCAUCAGCUAACUCUGCAGAGCAACCAGCGAAUACAGGCCCUAGAGCUCCUCCAAACACUGGAAGCCCAGGAGGGCGGGCUGCAUCAGAUUGAAGUGUGGCUGCAGGAGGUGGGCUGGCCAGGACUGGAGGAACCAGGGGAGCCCUCGCUGGACAUGUUGCUCCAGGCCCAAGGCCCCUUUCAAGAGCUAGACAAAGCUGCCCAGGAACAGGUCAAGCAAGGAGAGAAGUUACUGCAGCCACUGGUUGGCUGGGAAGCUGCUGAACUGGGGCCCCCUGGAAAGCGCUUUCUGACCCUGAGAUCCCAGCUGACAGAAUUUUCCAGAGCUUUGGCCCAGCGGCGCCAGCGGUUGGCAGAUGCUGAGAAGCUGUUUCAGUUCUUCAAGCAGGCCACAACAUGGACUGAGGAGGGGCAGCGGGUACUGACAGAGCUGGAGCAGGAGCACCCAGGGGUUGUGCUGCAGCGGCUGCAGGUGCACUGGACCAGACAUCCUGACUUGCCCCCUGCCCACUUCCGGAAAAUGUGGGCUCUUGCCACAGGCCUAGGCUCAGAAGGCAUCCGCCAGGAAUGUCGAUGGGCCUGGGCCCAGUGCCAGGACACCUGGCUGGCUCUGGAUCAGAAGCUUGAGGCUGCACUGAAGCCACCAUCAACAAACAGCACAGCUUCGUUGUGUGUCAGGCGGGCUCCUGCUGUACCCACCGUUCCUCCACUGAGGAAGGCCUACAGCUUUGAUCGGAAUCUGGGGCAUGCCCAUCAUGGCCACUAUGCAGCAGUUGUUACUGACUCCCACAGGCCCGAGGCUGGUGAAGGUGUCUGGCCCACGUCAUCCCCUUCUGUGCCUCUAUCAGGCAGCUCUGACUUCAGGAACCCCAACAGGCUGCAGCUAGUAUUGGCAGAGAUGGUGGCCACAGAGCGUGAGUAUGUCCGGGCCCUUGACUACACCAUGCAGAACUACUUCCCUGAGCUAGAUCGACCUGAUGUGCCCCAGGGCCUCCGUGGCCAGCGUGCCCACCUCUUUGGCAACCUUGAAAAGCUUCGGGAUUUCCACUAUCAUUUCUUCCUGCGUGAGCUAGAGGCUUGUACCCAGCACCCACCUCGAGUGGCUUAUGCUUUCCUGCGCCAUAGGGUGCAGUUUGGGAUGUAUGCACUCUACAGCAAGAAUAAACCUCGUUCUGAUGCCUUGAUGAGCAGCUAUGGUCACACCUUCUUCAAGGAGAAGCAGCAAGCACUGGGAGAUCACCUGGAUUUGGCUUCCUACCUACUAAAGCCAAUCCAGCGCAUGAGCAAAUAUGCCUUACUACUGCAGGAGCUGGCAAGGGCCUGUGGGGGCCCAGCACAAGAGCUGGGUGCUCUUCAGGCAGCCCAGAGUCUUGUGCACUUCCAGCUGAGACAUGGCAAUGACCUGCUAGCCAUGGAUGCCAUCCAGGGCUGUGAUGUUAACCUCAAGGAACAGGGGCAGUUGGUACGACAGGAUGAGUUCACAGUGCGGGCUGGGCGCCACACGUCCUGUCGCCGUGUUUUCCUCUUUGAGGAGCUGCUGCUCUUCAGCAAGCCUCGGCGUGGGCCUGCAGGUGUUGACAUAUUUACCUACAAGCGUUCCUUCAAAAUGGCAGACCUUGGCCUCACUGAAUGCUGUGGGGAAAGCAAACUGCGCUUUGAGAUCUGGUUCCGUCGUCGCAAGGCCAGGGACCUGUUUGUACUGCAGGCCUCCAAUGUGGCCACCAAACAAGCCUGGACAGCUGAUAUCUCCCGCCUGCUCUGGAGGCAGGCUAUCCACAACAAGGAAAUGCGCAUGGCUGAGAUGGCAUCCAUGGGUGUGGGGAACAAGGCCUUCUGGGACAUUGCCCCCAGUGAGGAAGCUAUCAAUGACCGUAAUAUCAACUAUGUCCUAAAGAGACGAGAUGUUCGCUCUAGGGCCUCCAUUGCUGUGGCCCCAUUUGACUCUGACAACCCCUAUCUGGGUGCCUUGGGCUCCCUUCCUGGAGACCGUGCCUCUUGCUCUGUUCUGGGGUCUCUCAAUCUGCACCUGUACAGAGAUCCAGCUCUUCUGGGUGUUCACUGCUCCCUGUAUCCACCCAACUUCCCAGAGGAAGCAGCACUGGAAGCAGAAGCAGAGUUGGGCAGCCAGCCCUCUUUAACUCCUGAGGACUCAGAGGUCUCAUCCCAGUGCCCAUCAGCCAGUGGCUCUAGCAGUUCUGACAGCAGCUGUGUGUCAGGGCAGACCCUGGGCAGAGGCCUUGAGGACUUGUCCUAUGUUUGAGUCCGGCUUGAAGAUGGAACAGUAGACACAGCAGCCAGAAACUCCAAGGAAUACCACACCUCUGUAUCUACUAUAACCAGUGAAUGGCUGGCUCCUGGGCCACUGUGUU